GGAGAGUUCGUAAAAAAAAAAAAAACCCCGAGCCCCUCUCCUUCCUCUCUCUUGGGUGUGGGGCAGUUACUGCGCAUCGUGCGCCCUUGCCGAACUGGUCUCCGCCGUCGUGCGGCGCGGGAAACGGCCAUCUCCAACAUGGAACCACUAUAUAUCAUGGGGUUGCGAGGUGCCUCAGGCUCCCCACUCUCCCUGCGAACUCAAUUGAGAUUUCCCCUUCAAAUCCCUAAAUUUAGCCUCCCCCCAAGUUCGGUCUCGAUGGCGGUGGUCAGGUUCUCCGAUGCGGAUGUGCAGGUUGGAGCAACCCGUGGUGAUCUUACGCUAGUAGGGAGAGUCUGUGGAACUCGGCCAGCCCUUCACGCCAUGAAAGCGGAUCUGCUGAGGGUGUGGCAAUGCACUGAUGCUGUCUCAGUUGUUCCCGUUGACUGGGGUUUGGUGCAAGUGGUCUUCUCGACAGCGAAAGACUACAACUGUAACAUCCCGUUCCGGAAAAACCCAUAUUUCGGUCGCUAGAAAAUUUCACGAUUUAAAAUCGAGCAUUUCGACACUAUUUCGGCGAAAAUCGGAUUAUCAAUCGAUCGGAUAAGUAUAAGUAUUAAUAUAUAUAUAUGGUGCCUUCUACGGUACCCCGGAUGAAAUCCAGGGUACCGCAUACCUUGAGUAUGAAAAUGCUAUCUAGACCUCGAAUUAGCAGGAUUUUUGGGCAUGAUAUUAUACCCUAACCCUUAAUGAGUGAACCCUAGGUCCUAAUUAUCUAAAUCAUAAACUAUAAACCCUAAAAUGGUGCAUUGAUUUUUUUGCCUAUAUUUGGACGAAUCAUAACGGUCGAUUAUUGUUUCUAAUUAAAUUGAUCUUCGGGUAUAAGAUUUAGAUAAUUAAGACCUAGAUGUUGAUCUUUAAGAGUUAGAGUAUAGUAUCAUGUCCGAAAGAUUAGUCAAUUCAAGUUCUGGAUAGCGUUUUCUUACUCAAGGUAUUCGGUACCCCAGAUUUCACCCAAGGUACCAUAGAACUCGCCAUAUAUAUAUAUAUAUAUAUAUAAUUACACUAAGCGGCCGAAUAUAUAAACUUUCCCUGUCCAUUUUAAUCCUCAUCAUCGUCUAUUUCCACCACCGAGAGAAGAAAAAAAAAAAACAGACCGAGCAGGGCGCACAGGGCAUCGUGAGGGAAAAUUUCCAAAGCUCCAAUCUUGAGUUUUAGUGAUCCAAAAAUCCCGUAAAUAAUGCCUAAUUCAUCCAUACAUCGUGAUUUAUCGAUUUAGAGGUUUAAAAAGAGUUUUUGGUUCAGGAAUUUCUUGAAUUCCCGAUAAGCCAAAUUAGGGUUUCGGAGUAUCCGGAAGCCGGAUUGAGCCCAAAUUUCAUAUACGAGCUUCCUGCAGCGAGGUAAUCAAUCCUCUAGUUCUAAUCCCUGAAUUUUGGCUAUUAUUUAGGUCGGGGUCCAAACCGCUGAAUUUAGCUCCGGCCAGGGUUGGAUGUGUUUUUAUCAAGAAUUUGACCCAGAGCCUAGAACUAAUAUUGACGGGGAUACUGCAGGGGAUAUUAGGACGGUCUCGGAUUUUAAUUCGGGGUUCGUUCCUGAAAUUGACGUUUUAGUACGGAAAGGUUAAACCGGUGUUUGAACGACCAGAACUGGUGAGGGAUGAGCACGGCAUACCGGGUUUGUCGUAUCACGAUAAUUAUAUUGAUGCUUAGAAUUGAUCUAGGUGAACUAGAAUGGCAUGAUUAGGGGUGUAUGAGCUUUUGUGCUAUAUGUUGAACCCUGGAUUGCUGUAUGAUAUUAUUGACUUGCCCUAAUCGAUAUGAACCUUGUUUAUGCUGAUGAUUGUGUAUAUGUUGCAAAUUGUGGGCUUUACUGUUAAUAUGCUUUACGAUGGUUCGAGAAGGUGAUUAGGUAUGAUUUUUCAUGAUUGUUGUAUUUGGAUGCACAAGUGGGAAAAUAUAUAUUCCCUGGUGAUAUUAUGAUGUUUAAGGAGGAUGACUUGCAUGAGGUUUUAUCCCGAGGAAGUGCAAUUAUACGACUCCUGAUUUACCUAUGUCGAGCCAAUUAUGGCCAGGUCAAGUACAUGUGCAAGUAAUGAAUUAUGAUUAAGCAA